AGUAAAAAUAAAUCAAUAAGCUGCCUGUAUGUUACAUUGUUUAAUCUCUUCUUAUUUUACUUUCAGAUGAAUUGUAGCAACGAAGAAUUAUGUUUUUGUAAAGUCACUUAAAUUGAAUACAGAAAACAUCAUUUUGAUGUGUACAAAAUGUAUUUCUUUCAAGUUUUGAACAGGAAUCGAACAUUUCAUAAUGUCAUUCAUGUGAAUGAUUCAGUAAAGUUAUCACCUCAAGAAAUAUAGAUAUUGACAUGAGAAUUUUUGUGUCAAUAAACACAUAUACCACCCCAGGUUCCAUCUAGAUAUUUGGAAAUAAGUAAAAUAUAUAUAAGAAAACAUUUUUGUCAGCGCCCGAGCUAUUGAUUUUUUUGGCAACUACUGAAUGGCGAAAACAUUCAAAUGGUGUAACUAUUAAAGCAAUUAUACAAGCAAGUAAAAUAAAAACAUAAUCAGGUUAGCAAACAUGUCUAAGGGUUGUUAGUCUUCGACAGUUGCUGAAGUCUUUUUAUGACUUUGAGUCUAAUAACAUAGUGAAAGAACCCGCGCGUUUUAGUGAACACUACAAUUGCAUUGAAAAUUUCACAUUAUUUGACGAAAGGUGUAAGGAAUAAAAGAUUCAAAGCAUUGUUAUUGAUUUUAUUGUUAAUUUAUUGCAUUAAUCAAGAAAGAACACGACGCGUUACUUCUAGAGGUCUUUUAUAUGAAAGGUUAGGAGCUUGAUUUACGGCUGGUUAGAUUUUCAAGAUGUAUUUAAAGCAUUUCCAAAUGGAAUGCCAGAACGAUGGAUUACUUAGUAUGUUUAUUUACCUGUUGUAAUUUUAAUUUGAUUUUUUUUAUUGUGUAUUUAAACUGUAUCUACUUUUUAAAUAUAUGAUAUUUUUAUUGUAUAUAUUAAUAUAUUAGUAACUUAUAGAUGCAAUUCGAGGGAAUUAAUUAAGUAUUGUCGAAUCUUAUUGUAAUAGUAACUAUAGAAAGAUUAUCAAGAUUUUCAGUGAAUUUCUUAUCUAAGUUUUGAUGUUUCAUAUGUUUCAGUUAUUGUGUGCGGUAAUAGCGUUAAUGGCAUUAAGAGGGACGUGCGGCGAAUGUUUUGGACCACAACUGAAAUUAUUAUCAGAUGAUCCGAGACGUACCUGCACGGAGAUAUUUGCAUCCAAAGAUAGAAUAGAGUAUGCAUGUGCUUCACUUAUAAAAGGCUUUCCUAAAGCUAUGAUAAAGUACUGCCCAGUUGAGCUUUGUAUGAAGAAUGGAACAUGGUCAAAGCCCUCCAUAUCAUGUGCACUGUCAGAAUGCUACGAGGAGGGUAGAUCUCGUGAGUAUGUAGGCCACCGGAUGUGCACAAGCAGUGGCAGACAAUGUCAGCGGUGGGAUACCCAAGAACCUCAAAGGCAUAGGUUUCGUAAAUCUGAAAUGUUUCCGGACUACUCCAUACAGCUGGCAGAUGCGUUUUGUAGGGACCCUGAAGGAGUAAAGGGAUUCCCGUGGUGUUUCACUACUGAUCCAGACAAGAAGUGGGAAACUUGUAAUAUUCAGAAAUGUUCAAACAUAAUCAUAAUGGACGGCUCAUGUGGCCCAUUACCUGCUGAACCAGAUGACGACAAGGAACAUGAUAUUGAUGAGAAGAAGGAAAAUAAAGAUGAGGAAAAUAAGGAGAAGGAGGAGGUUGACAGUAAAGAUGAAAUGAAUGAAGAUGAUGGUGGUGGAAAAGAUUCUUUACCGUUCUGCUCUAGUGGUCAUGAUUUGUUCCAGAUGCAGAAAGAUUACAGAAUCCGCGGAAAGGUGAUAAAUGAGAAGCUGCUACGAAGCGUUGUACAAUGUGCGACACUGUGCUCGCAGGUGAGGUUAUGUCGUGCUCUGACAUAUCGUUCCAGUAGUAAAACCUGCAUCCUUCAUGGCGGUAAAGAUUUCACGAUGAUUGAAAAUAGAGGAUAUAAAGCUGGUGUGAAAGCAUGUGAUAACACAUAAAGACUUGUUGGCAUGCAUGCAUAUAUUUUAUUAAGGACCCAAUUAUAUACGAGUUUAUUUAGAACCUACUUUCAUAUUAAGCACCAGAAAAGGUGCAUGAAGUGCUGCUUUAUAUAUGCUUUGAAAAGAUAAAAUAU